GCCUUGGAAUUCGUCUCAUGGUCGGGGGGGGCGGGGGCUAAAGAUGGCGGAGCUGAUGCUCCUCAGUGAGAUUGCGGAUCCGACGCGGUUUUUCACCGACAACUUGCUGAGCCCGGAGGACUGGGACUGCGCCCUGUACACCGGCCUGGAUGGAGUGGCUGAGGAGCAGACGCAGCUCUUCCGUUACCCAGAGCAGGAUGUCCCGUUUGGCAGUAGCUCCCUCGACGUGGGGAUGGAUGUCAGUCCCCCUGAGCCCCCGUGGGACUCCCUGCCCAUCUUUCCAGAUCUACAGGUGAAGUCUGAGCCAUCCUCCCCCUGCUCUUCCUCUUCCCUCAGCUCUGAAUCAUCACAUCUUUCCACAGAACCCUUCAGCCAGGUCUCUGGUGUAGGAGAUGUGCUAGUUGUGAAGACAGAAUCAUUGGCACCCCCGCUCUGCCUCCUGGGCAAUGAUCCUACAUCCCCAUUUGAAGCCGUCCAGAUCAAUGUGGGCCCCACCUCUGAUGAUCCAUCAGAUGUCCAGCCAAAGAUUGAACCUGUCUCUCCAUGUUCCUCCAUCAACUCUGAGGCUUCUCUGCUCUCAGCAGAAUCCCCCAGUCAGGCUUUUAUAGGAGAGGAGGUGCUGGAAGUGAAGACAGAGUCCCCAUCCCCUCCAGGAUGUGUCCUGCAGGAUGUCCCAGGUCCCCCACUUGGAGCUGUCCAGAUCAGCAUGGGCCCAUCUGAUGGCACCUCAGGCAAAGCCCCACCCACCCGAAAGCCACCUCUGCAGCCCAAGCCUGUAGUGAUAACUACUGUCCCAAUGCCAUCCAGAGCUGUGCCUCCCAGCACCACUGUCCUUUUGCAGCCUCUUGUCCAGCCACCUCCAGUGUCCCCAGUUGUCCUCAUCCAAGGUACUAUUCGAGUCCAGCCUGAAGGACCAGCUCCCCCUGCCUCUCGGCCUGAGAGGAAGAGCAUUGUUCCAGCUCCUAUGCCUGGGAACUCCUGCCCACCUGAAGUGGAUGCAAAGUUGCUGAAGCGGCAACAGCGAAUGAUCAAGAACCGGGAGUCUGCCUGCCAGUCCAGGAGAAAGAAGAAAGAGUAUCUGCAGGGAUUGGAGGCUCGGCUGCAGGCUGUGCUGGCCGACAACCAACAGCUUCGCCGGGAGAAUGCUGCCCUCCGGCGGCGGCUAGAGGCCCUGCUGGCUGAGAACAGCGAACUCAAGCUAGGGUCUGGAAACAGGAAGGUGGUCUGCAUCAUGGUCUUCCUUCUCUUCAUUGCCUUCAACUUUGGGCCUGUCAGUAUCAGUGAGCCUCCUCCGGCUCCCAUUUCUCCUCGGACAAGUGGGGAGGAACCUCGCUCCCGGCGACACUUGCUGGAGUUUUCAACACAAGAGCUGGUUCAUGGAUUCCAGCCCCUACAGGACUCUUCUCUGGCUCAGAAGGAGCCCCAGCCCAGCCCUGCAGACCGACCAAGUUUCAGGAACCUGACAGCUUUUCCUGGGGGCACCAAGGAGUUGCUACUGAGAGACCUAGACCAGCUUUUCCUCGCCUCUGAUUGCCGGCACUUCAACCGAACUGAGUCUCUAAGGCUUGCUGAUGAGCUGAGUGGUUGGGUCCAGCGCCACCAGAGAGGCCGGCGGAAAACCCCUCAGAGGGCUCAGGAAAGACAGAAGUCUCAGCUACGGAAGAAGUCACCUCCAGUUAAGGCGGUUCCCACCCAACCCCCUGGGCCCCUAGAAAGGGAUUCUGUGGGUCAAUUGCAGCUGUAUCGUCACCCAGAUCGUUCACAGCCAGAGUUCCUGGAUGCAAUUGACCGACGGGAAGACACAUUUUACGUUGUCUCCUUCCGAAGGGACCACUUGCUACUCCCAGCCAUCAGUCACAACAAGACUUCUCGGCCCAAGAUGUCACUGGUGAUGCCUGCCAUGGCCCCCAAUGAGACCCUGUCAGGUCGAGGAGCUUCAGGAGACUAUGAGGAAAUGAUGCAGAUCGAGUGUGAGGUCAUGGACACCAGGGUGAUUCACAUCAAGACCUCCACAGUGCCCCCCUCACUUCGAAAGCAGCCGUCCUCAACUCCAGGCAAUACUACAGGUGGCCCCUUGCCAGCUUCUGCAGCCAGCCAAGCCCACCAGACCACCCAUGAGUCCCUCUACCUCAACCAUCCCUGACCUCCAUGACUCACACUGACUUAGAACGAGGGGGGUGGAGGGAGGGGUUACUAAGUGGGACUAUUCCUAAUUGCCCUGGUCCCUAGGUUUGGGGAAUUGGUAAAAGAAAGACAAGGUGUGGGGGCGGCUAAAGCACUUAUUUGGAGGUUAUGGACAGUCACCAUUCUUCUUACAAUUUUUUUAAAAUAAUAGAUCCCCUCUCAUUUCUGUGAACCCCCCAGUCUUUACUUCUUUAAGGGUAUUGAGUUAGGUUAAUUUUUUGAGGUGAACACUUUUUAUUCUUUUCUCUUUCUGUUGGGGGUGAGUGGGAAUUUAGUCCCCAGGUGGGACAAGGGAAAUUUUUUACAUUUUGGAGCUAGUUAACUAGGAGUAAAACAGGAGUGGUGGGCAGAGAUGAGGCCUGUGUAUGUGUACAUCUUUUUUAUUAUUAAAUAAACAAUUUGGAGAGAGUUAAAAGAAUAAUGGAUGCCUUCCAGGCUCAUGGUGGUGAGUCUGGGGGGAAAGUAGCUUCCACAGGGCUAGUAACAAAAAACCAAGCAGAAGACUGAAGACAUAGCUGGCUCUGGAUGGGGUGGGUGUGGUAUCACAAACCUCAUCAUCCCCUUGCCCUCACCCCUGUAACACUGAGUUAUGUCUGUGUCUAGCAAGGGGGCCAGGGGAGGGGUGUCCCAUGGUGUGACAUGGAGGAUACAGAUCCCUGGAAUGUGUCUGGGUAAACAGGAAGCACAGGGGGCCCCACGCCCUUCAGGGUGAGCAGCCUCUCUUAGUCCCUUGCACUCUAGCAGGUUCUCUCCCCCCCCUUGCUUUCCAGGAGGAACAGCUCAAACAAACAACAGAGCUGGGGCCAGAGGGCUAUGAGCCCGGAAAGGAGGGACCGCAGUGGAGGGGGGAUGAUAUGAGGAGACAGUAGGGGUAUUGAUCAUCUUAGCCCUAAACUGGGAAAGACUAGGAUUUGAGAAUCCAGUUAAGAAAACUCUGUGCGUCCUAAUAAGGAGACUAGGGAGCAGAACAGAGGGUGAGGGGCCAAAUCUCAUUCAACCUGCAGGGAUCCCCAUCGCGGCUCCUGUCCAGCAGUGCGUCAGGUCCGGCCCUGCAGGAGUGUCCUGGGUCAGCUGGAGGGUGUGGGUUUGGCCUCGGCACUAUGCCCAGAUGACUGGACAGGCUGCCUGGGCCACAAGCCCAGGCUUGAAGGAAAAGGGGGGGGGAAUCUCACGUGUCCAGCCAGGCCCCCCUUCCCCAUCACUGUGUUUGGGGUGAAAACAGACCAAGUAACUAUGACAACUUGGAACUAGGGCUCCCAGGAACUAGGCCUCACAUCCCUCCAGAGGGCAGUCCUGGCUCCUCAGCUGGUGCUUCCUGUCCCAAGGUCCCCUGAGUCUUUCCCAACCUUAUCCAGGCUGGGUGUGCAAGGGGAACAAAGGGGCAGAUCACCUGAGUUGGGGUUCUCUGAUACGAAACCUAAAUGCUCUGAACCUUAGUUUCUGCAUCUGUAAGAUGGGAUAUUCUACCUACUCAAAGCUGAUAAAGUGAAAAAUGAAAAAAAAAAAAGUGAAAAAUGAUAUUCUUGCGUGAGCUGGGGUAAAGUUCAGGCCUUGCAUGCCUGAAGCUCCCAGUUCAAUCCCAGUGCCACAUGUACUAGAACAGUGCUCUGAUUUUUCUCCGUUUCUUGUGUAUAAUAUGAAAUAGAUAAAACAAGUCCUUUUAAA